AUGGCUAGUUCCUCAAGUGAAAUAAGUGAGUCACUAAACGCCUGGAUGAGCAAUAACUCUUCAAUUAUAUCUUAUGUAUUAAUAAAUUCUGACGGUAUCCCAUUGAAGUACAACGAAGAUGCCAAUUAUGAGCAUGCAGUUAAGCAAGCGUCACUAUUCUUAGGGUUAUUAACAAAAACAAAAAAGUGUGUUAAAGAAUUGUUUCCUCAAGAAAACGAAUUUAAUAAUAACUUAAGAAUCCGAACAAACAAGGAAACAGAAUAUAUUCUAUGUAAUUAUGGGGAAUAUUCCCUAAUUACACAGCAAAAUUGUAAAGACAUGUGCAAUCAGAAAAAAUAA